AUGGCUUCGUAUCCGCCAACAUUGAGUGAGAUUCAUGUGUUGCUAGUGGAUCAUGAUUCUUGUUUUUUGAUUUCUACCGCAAAAAUGUUAGAGCUAUGUUCAUACAAAGUUUCAUAUGUUGAACUUGCGUCGACUGCUUUAUCAAUGCUCUCAAGUGGACAGUCACAUUUUGAUCUUGUCAUGGCAAAUAUCAACUCUCCUGACUUACAUGGAUACAAACUUCUUGAACAAGCAGUUAACAUGGACAUACCCAUCAUUUUGAUGUCAGUUGAUGACGAUGAAUUCCUAGCAAUGGGAGCUCUCAAAAAUGGAGCUUUCCUGUCUAUCAAGAAACCGUUUACUGUGGACAUGUUAAAGUGCCUUUGGCAACAUGUACUAAGAGAGAAAAUGAAACUUUACAGAAAUAAGGGAAUAAAUAUGGGAAUGGAUGCUGCUAACCAUCAUAUCGUGAAAGGGUUUGAAUUUAUUGGACGAGUUGAGGAGGGAAACAACAUGCAGAACAACAAUUACACUCGAAAGAAGAAAAUACGUGGACAAAACGGUUCGACUUGGGCGGACGAAGAAUGUGAAUCAGAAAAGCAAAUAAUCAACAAUGGGGUUAAGAGAAAAGUUUGCACUGAGUGGACUCAAGGUCUUCAUGAAAAAUUUAUGGAUGCUGUUGGACAGCUUGGUGAAGGAAGGUGUUUUCCUAAAGAGAUUCUGGAGGUUAUGGAUGUGCCUGGCCUGACAAGAACACAAGUAGCAAGUCAUCUUCAGAAAUGCCGGAACAACAAUUGGCGAGCUCCUGAAGAACGAAAAUCUCAACAAAACAAUGCUCCUGCAGACUCUACAAACAUUGAUGGUUUGGGCCACAAAGAGCCAAGAAGAUUUGGGUCAAUGCCUCAAUUAAGCAAGAACACUUCGUUGAUUAAAGAGCAUCGUGAAACAGGUCAAAGUUCUGAUAUCUAUACUGCAAAUGAAAACCCAAAUGACGAUAGAUCAGGACUCGAAAAUAUAAAUAUUGCACCAAUCAUAAACUCCCAACAACUAUAUCAUGAGAACUUUCUGUCUGGUGCCUCAAAUUCUUCUUCAAACCCUAGAUAUCCAUCCGAUGAUUUCUUUAGUUUUCCAGACACGGAUUGUCAGACUCAGAAUUUUUCUGGUACACUACAAGGAGGUGGAAUGAUAAUGAAUCAAAAAACUUGCCAGAAAGCUCUUCGUUUUGACCAAGUUUAUCAUGAACAGUCCCAUCAGAAUUCAGCAGUGCCAAGUGUGGAAACCAGGAGCCAUAUGAGUUCAGAGACGUCAAGCUUUGCAAGCGACUCUUCAGAAACCAGAGGAAAAUAA